GAAGUCUUCCCUUUACAUAUAACGUUCACCUUCCCUCUAUUUGUUCCCCCCCUCCUCUAAACGCACACCUUCUUCCCUCGCUUGCAGCCGCCGAGCGCAUACUACACUCUCCAUAACUCCACUCAUCGUAUUCAUCCCUGACAGGUCUAGAAGUUAGUUAUACUGGGAAAGAAAUGCAACAAUGACUGUUCUAGCUCGCAAGGAGUCCAGAAGUUUUAUGAGGAUGCCGAGUAAAAGCUUGAGGUGUAUGAGCUAUGAGGAUACUCUCCGCGAAAUGGAAGCUUUUUUGGAUGGGAAGCUUGACAAUCCACAAAGUACUCGUGAAGUUUAUGCUGAUAUAACUGAACCAAUGAGUUCGAGUGCCAUUAGGGUGCCUGAUACUGAGGAUCCAGAUGCAACUGAGAAUUCCAGCUCAUUUGGUGAUACUGCAUCCAGAAGUGAGAAUGUUUCUGGAACUAGUGAUGCCGAGGUGGAGUCUGAGUUUCGUGUGGACACUGGUUUGGCCUCUACAUUGGACAGUUAUGGUAGUGUAUUUCCAAUGAGGAAAAAGAAGUUGACAACUGAUUGGAGGAAUUUCAUACGGCCACUUAUGUGGAGGUGCAAAUGGACAGAACUAAGGAUAAAAGAGUUGGAGUCGCAAGCACUUAAAUAUUCCCAUGAGCUUGAAGCAAAUGAGCAAACAAAAAUGUUGGAACUACAUCAAUAUACAUCGGACUUUUGCUCAAAAUCGUUUCCCUUUUUCAACCAUUCAAAAAAAAGGAAGCCCAUGAAAAGAAGAAAACGGAAACGUGUGGAGAAUGUUACUGAUAUCUCAUCUUAUACGUCUCAUCACCAGAUUUUCUCCUAUCUUGAAAAUAAGAAGUGUGAUCCAGAUGGUACAUCAGCUGCAGAUGAUGAUGUUAAUCUAGAUUUAUGCCCUAAGAAUGAUGAUUUUGGCAUGGAGGAGGAUUGGCUUAAAGACAGUGAGGAUUCCUUAGAGCAGAUUCUUCGACAGAUUGAAACAGUGCAAUCUCAAGCUCAGAGACUCAGAACCCAUCUUGACAUGGUGAUGUUAAAAAAUGGUGUGAAGUUCUCCUCCGCAGAAAAUCUGAGUCUUCUUGCACCUUAUGAUGUUCAAACAAGUGCUGCCCAAAGUCCUGCUUUCUCAGCUGGUAAUGGGGACAAUAUGUCUAUUGGUGCCGUUUAUCUUCCUGAGCACAUAUCGGACUUUGAAAUCGAUGAUCUGGUUUUGCCUGAGAGCAUUGUCUCUGGUUAUGGAGAUGGUGCCCAGAUUCCUGACAUAAUAGAAAGCACAGUAGGAUUACUUUCUGCUGCAGAUGUUACAAUACAUCAGCCACAGAUUAUAGAGUCAGGUGAAAAUAUAUUGGAUGAUAUACAUAUACAGAACACGGCGAUGAGAGAGGGGCACAUGUCCUCUGGAGUAAUUGACCAGUCAAUUGAUGAUUAUCAUAACCUGGAAAAUAAAGAGCAUAAUUUAUCAGUUCUCCGAACCAGCAGUGGUUUAGUGCUUGAUCCUGUGGCUGAAGAUGCUGUGGUUCUGGAGAAAUCAACAUUAAACUCUUGUUUAACUUCAGAUGUUGGUGUUCCUAAAAACAAGAGAAAGCGUGGUGAACGCAAAGCUGGACCUGGAGGUUGGAACAAGAGAUCUGCAGGUGAGCCAGAUAGCAGUUGAGGAUUCUUUUUCUCCCAAAUACAGUAGACAAUAACUUCAAGUAGAUGUCGAAAUGGUCUACGUGUUCCUUCGCCUUUUUGUGGGAGCAGUCCACAUGGAUGGCUCCAAGCAUCUUGCUACAGUAGAUUAUUUAUAAAAAAUUUGCCUGUUGGUGAAAGCCAUUCUUGCAUUUCAUCACUGUACGCUGCUGGUGAUAAUGACGAAAAAGCUGUUUGAUAGACCCCUAGAUUGAUAUUCAGCAGGCAGUUGUCGAUAAAAGAUCUUGACAUUAUGUAGAUGAGGAUUUUGGCUAAAAUUCAAGAGUAGGAUAUAGACUGAUUAUGGGGAUGCUCAUUGGUAAACUGUGCUCACAUUUUGUAGAAGGAUGUAAUGGAUUGUAAAACAUGCAGGGCAUAAUAGGUGAUAAUAUAGUUGCAUUCUGUUGCACCCUGCAAGGCUUGCCAUUUAUUCUGAUCUUUUACGUAAUUUUCCGGAUCCUUCGAUAGAAUGGCAGCCUGAAGUCCAAACUAGUUUUAGGCUAUGAAGCAUCAAAUCUUUUGGGACAUGAUGUUUCCUUGAGAAACGUUUCCGUUUCUCGAACCUUGAUUGUUUUCAAAAUAUUUCCUUUCCAAUUUUCAAAAGUUACUUUGAUUCCAUGCAUAUAGGUUUUAAGCAUAUUCAUCAGUAAAUUUGAUCACUUUUUGAUCAUCAAUGUAAAUUGGUUGUAAUAUUCUUGUGCGAGUUCUUGUAGAACUUUCCAUAGUAUACGAUGAACAUUUCCGUAGCUGAAAAUGUCAAAGUAAAUUAAUUUCUGCUACACAAAGUUAACAAGGGCACUGUUUGAUACA